CACUUUCCCGACUUCCAACGCGACCGACCCGCACGCGUGGAUUUAGUGAGAAAAAAAAAAAAAAAAAAAACACUAAACAACCCUUUGGAACACUUUGGAAAACUUUUACGCAGCUGAAGGUGACUCCACGUUUUGGGAUUUUUCGCUGGAUUAAGACUUUUUUUUUAUUGAUCCGAUUGGCUGGAGCGUGUUUCCCCGCGGCUGUGCGUAAAAAAAAAAAAAGAGAGAGAGAGUUCGUUGGAGCGCGCUUGGAGCAGACUUUGGUACCGGGAUGCGUCCUCUUCUUCCUCUUCUUCCUCUCCUGCUGGCUGCGUGUUGCGUCAGCCUGCUGUGCCGACGGCUCGAGGCUCUGCGCGCGGACGAGCGGACCGACACGAGCAGAUCGGACCUGAUCAACCAGCUCUUCGACGUUUCCGAAGACGCGCCUCCGUCGUCUGCGCCCGCUUCGGACUCGGGCCCGCUCACGAAAUGGCUGACGUCUCUCCUCCAGCGCCGGUCCACUCGCUCCGUCUCCAAGGCUUCCUCCCCCUCCUCGUCCUCCGAUCCCUCCCCGGCUCCGGAACGCUCCCCGCUGCUCCGACCGCGCCGCCACCUCAGCGCCCGCGGCUCGCAGCACCACCACGCCCAGCUGAUGCGCGUGGGCUGCAAGCUAGGUACGUGCCAAGUGCAAAACCUGAGCCACAGACUGUACCAGCUGAUCGGGCAGCGCGGCAGGGAAGACUCGUCGCCCAUCAACCCCAAAAGUCCUCACAGUUACGGAUGAAAAGAGCAAACCUGGCAACCCCCGAGAAAGUGUUUUUAUUUAACUAUUUAUCUAUGAAGUUCAACUGCUGUGUUAGUGUUUUUUUGUUUGUUUUGUUUUUCCAAUUUCAUGUGGCAAUUUACUAAAACUAGAACUAGAAGUCAAAAAUCGUAGUCGCGUAUUUAAAGUGUCGCUCGCCACGUUUACAUGAGAGAUUUAAUUCCGAAUAAAAAGAACUGACUUCGGACUUCGCUUUGGAAAAGAAUCCCGAAGUAACUGGGUGGUUUAUUUCCAAUUAUUUUAACGCCGAAUUCAUUUAUUUUUCGGCUGACGGACGUAAAGGGUGAUGACGGAAUUUUCCAGCUGCUGCUUCAUUAUCUUCGGAACGACUUCGGAAAAAUUUCGGAUCACGUUUGUGUCCGUGGCGUAACGAGAAACCGAGAUAACAAAAAAAAAAAAAAAAUGGCAGCAGCUGAAGUUUGUGUUUUCUUUCAGUCGAUGAAAAUAUGUUGGUGUCUCUGUCCAAUCAAGAAACCUUCCUGAACCUCAAACGUUAAGCGGAAUUAAAUAUUUAAAGUGUUUUCCAUUUAAUUCCGAACUAUUUAAUCCUGAACAAUUCAUUUGGAAUUAAAAAACGAUCCUGUAAACGUGGCCGAGGUGUGUAACUUUUCUGAUGGAGGGCACGGUGCUCUGCUUGUCUCCGUGGAGGUGUUAUUUCGGUGCCUGCAAUAUCUUCCGCAAUACGGCAUUAAGCAUUCAAGUCUAUCUCCAUGGAGACGAGCACCGCUGCAAGUUACGGGUCAGAUCUGCGGAGAGGUGAGCCCCCACGCGCCCCUCAAAGAACGCAUUGUUUGUCGAAAAACCUGUUACGAAAUCAAUGAAACGUCGCGAUUUUUUUAAUGCCAUACUGUGGAAUAUUCUACGCAAAACAGCUACGCAGGAGGUUACACGCUUAUCUGUAAUCCACGAGAAAUGUUACGCAGUGUGGCUUUAUGAGUUUCAAAGGUUUUCUUCAGACAUGGCAUUAAAAUGUGUUACAAGUUUGAGCCCAAGAUGAUUUUUGAUUUUUAUUUAUUUUUAUUUUUCUACGCUGUUUUUUGAGUUUAAAUUGGACAAUUAUUUCACUGAAGUUUAUUUAUUCUGACAGAAAAGACGCUGAACUUUGUGCCAGUUUUUGUUUCACGCCGAAAAACCCGGGAAUUACAGAAAUGUGAACCGUAAACCAACUCUGCAAAUGUGUAAUCUGCAAACUCCACCUGAGAACUUUCACCUGUCCUCUAGGUCCACGUCCUGGUUUAGACCUGGUUUAGUCCUGGUUUAGACUAUAUUUAGAUCUGGUUUAAUCCUGGUUUAGACCAUGUUUAGUCUUAGUUUAGACCAUAUUUAGACCUGGUUUAGACCAUGUUUACUUCUGGUUUAGACCAAGUUUAAUUCUGGUUUAGACCAUAUUUAGACCUGGUUUAGACCAUGUUUAGACCAUCUUCAGUCCUGAUCUAGUGGUUUAGACCUGGUUUAGAUCUGGAUUAGACCUGGUUUAGACCAUAUUUAGACCUGGUUUAGUCCUGGUUUAGACCAUGUUUAGUCCUGGCCCUGUGGUUUAGACCUAAUUUAGACCGACUUUAGACCAUGUUUAUUCCUGGUUUAGUCCUGGUUUAGUCCUGGUCCAGUGGUUUAGACCUGGUAGACCUGGUUAGACUCUAUCUGUAAUCCACUAGAAAUGUUACACAGUGUGUCUUUAUCCAGUUUCAAAGGUUUUUCUUCAGACAUGAAAUUAAAAUAUGUUACAAGUUUGAGCUCACAAGAUGGUUUUGAUUUUUAUUUUUGUACAUUGUUUUUUAAAUAUUUCACUGAAGUUUAUUUAUCCUGACAGAAAAGACUCUGAACUUUGUGCCAGUUUUUGUUUCACGUCGACAAACCCGGGAAUUACAGAAAUGUGAACCGUAAACUAACUCUGCAAAUCUCCACCUGAGAACUUUUCCAGAACUUUCACCCGUCCUCCAACUCCAAGUUAAUCUACGUUUUUUUUUUUUUUUUUUCAUUUAAACACAAAUUAGGACACGGAAAAGCCGGAUCUUGUCUCCCACAUCCUUUGGUUUUGACCUCUGAACUUUGACCCUCGUGUUCAGCGACCGAACCUUAAACCCUUAAUGUGGAUUUGAACUCUGUCGAAACCGAGACGUCGAGAAAACCUCCAAAAGAAAACGCCGGACUUUUGAACCCCGUCCCCUCUGCAUCAUUACAUCUUUAAAGCCUCUGAUUUUACCUGAUUUUUAUCAUUUUAAAGCCACAACAACUAGCAUUCUAACAGUGCACUUCCUGAUUACCGAACAGUACACAGACCUUUUGGGUUACGGGGCUUUUUAAAUUCUCUCAAAUUUUUUUUUUGACAGUUUUGGGACAUCAUGGAACGUUGUAUUUGCAUCAACUGAUUUUUUUUUUUUUCUGUGAAUUUUUUAAAAUUUUUUUGUAAAAUUUGACAUUAAAGUAUGGCUGAAACAUCUGUAGAAGGUUACAGAGAAAUGCGAGAAAAUUCUACUGUUGUGUUUAUUUUUAAGCGUCACAGUUUACAUCGUGAACAUUUUUUUUUUUUUUUACGUUUUUGGGGAAUUUGGACAUUAAAAAAGAGCUUACAGUGAAGACUUUGCUUUGUAUUCGUUCACUCGAUUCGAACUUGCCGAACUGUGCCACAACAAAUGAGAAAGAUUUUAAGAUUUUAAGAUUUUUUUUUUUGACUAUUUGGGAUGUUCAACUUGGGACAUUGUCGUUCAAAACUACAAGAAAACCAGAACUAAACCAGGACUGGACCAGGACUAAACAAGGACUGAACCAGGACAAAACCAGGGUUGAACCAGGACUAAACUAGUGCUAAGACUAAACCAAGACAUAACCAGAACUGAACCAGGACUAAACUGGGACUAAAUCAGGAGUAAACCAGAAAUAAACUAGUGCCAAGACUAAACCAAGGCAUAACCAGGACUAAACUGGGACUAAACCAAGACUAAACUAGAACUAAUCUAGCACCAAACCAGAACUAUACUAGUGCUGAGACUAAACCAGGACUAAACCAGGGCUGAACCAGGACUCAGCUGGGACUAAACCAGAUCUAAACCAGGAAUAAAACAGGACUAAACCAAGACUAAACUAGAACUAAUCUAAAACUAGACCAGAACUAUACUAGAGCUAAGACAAAACCAGGACUGAACCAGGACUAAACCGGGACUAAACUGGGACUAAAACUCACCUAAACCAAGACUAAACCAGAACUAAACUAGUGCCAGGACUAAACCAGGUCUAAACCAGGAGAAAAUAAGGACUAAACCAAGAUUUGUUAUGAAAUCCUGUGCAGUUUUUGUUAUUAUCAGUAGAUUUGAACAUUUUAAAGUUGCAUAGUUUUUGUUUUCCAAAAGCUGCGUGGUAUGUGACUGAAAAAAAACAACAAAAAACACGCUUAUAUGAAACCUUUCUGUAAACCUCGUUAAACAUAGUCUGGUCUGGGAACGCCGUGAAACGCAACUCCAUAAACAUAAGGUGUAUCCGCGUUAGCCGCCGUUUCCCACGCAGCGUGCUAACUAGCGGCUAGCCCGAACAUGGCCAAGAAUGCGUUUUUUGUGUGUUUUUUUUCCCCUCAGACGUAGCUUUAAACACACCGUCUGUUACACUGUGGUUUCCUAAUGACAAACCCGGCUCCCCGAAAUGGCCGCCGUUGUUUUUUAAAUGCGCACAUAAACGUUAGCUUAGCGUCGUCCCGUAGCGCGUGCUAAUUUAGCCCCUGCUCAAAAACGGUGGGCGGACGACGAUGCGCUGGAAAUAACUUUUAAAAGGCUUGACCUGUUUUCAACUUGUGGGAGAAGAAAUGUUACGUGACACAGUUUGUUUUAGAUAAAUUUAAAGAUUCACUGUGUAACUUUUCAGGUGGAGUUGCUUUGCUUGGAAUAUUCUGGAAUAUAGCAUUUAUCUGUUUAGCGUAAACAGAGAUUCUAAACGGAGCAUUUCUGGUACAAGAAAGUGUUACGUUUCAGAGUUGCUGUAGUUCAUUUAGACAUGGUUAAAGUUUCACUGUGUAACUUUUCAGAUGUGAGGUUCUCCAUGGAGAUUCUUUGCUCGGAAUAUUCCAGAGUAUAGCAUUUAUCCGUCUACCGUAUCCAAAGAGAUUUUAAACUGAACAUUUCUGGGACAAAGCGUCAGAGUCUCUCAAUUUAGACAUGGUUAAAGAUCCACUGUGUGACUUUUCAGAUGUGAGGAUCUCCAUGGAGAUUUUAUCACUCGGAAUAAUCCGGAAUGUGGCAUUUAUCUAUGUCACAUAUCCAGAGAGAUUUGAAAUGAAACAUUUUUAAUACAAAGCAGUGUUAUGUUUUUAGAGUUUGUUUAGCUCAUUUAGACCAUUUUAAAGAUUCACUGCGUAACUUUUCAGAUGUGAGGUUCUCCAUGGAGAUUUUAUCACUCGGAAUAUUCCGGAGUGUGGCAUUAGUCAAUCUCACGUAUCCAGAGAGUUAUGAUUUAUGCAUGAAAAUAGAUGAGAGAAUUGAUACUGAACCUUAUAGUCCGAAAAAUACGGUACUUAAAAUAUGAAAAUACAUCUUGCUACACUUAAAAUAAAUAAAUAAAUAAAAAACUUACAGCACUUAAAAUAAGAAACAAAAUCAAAUGUUGCGUGAAUUAAGAAAAACUUGACUUGAAUUGACUCAAAUAAAGUAAAAUGUUCUUAAUUUAAGUUAUUUUAACUUACCUAGAAUUGUAUUUUUUUUUUUUUUCAGUGUGAACAUUUCUGGUACAAAGCGGUGUUACAUUUCAGAGUCUCUUGACCUUAUUUAGACAUGGUUAAAGCUUCACUGCGUAACUUUUCAGAUACGAGGCUCUCCAUUCUUAUGUUAUCGCUCGGAAUAUUCCAGAGUGUGGCAUUUAACUCGUCCAUUUGGCGCAUACUACUUGAUUACACUUGUUCUGUUGUUUUUGAUAUAUAUGCUUUCUCACUGUCACUGGGCUCGCCUCUCCGCAGAUCUGACCCAAGAUGUGUUUAAUAACUCGGGGGAAGAGUCUUGACGAAUCUGCUCGUCUCCGUGGCGAUAGAUACGUCUCUUUAGAUACGGUUAAACUCCGUGGAGUGGAAAACCGGGCGAGGCAAUGACAUCGCCGCGGAAACGAGCAGGUAAACGGGCUCUUCGCCGGAAAAGUUACGCAAUGUUUGGAUGUUUUUUUUAUGUUUUUAUGUAAGACGCCGGACACAAACUUAAAUCUGUAAUUGUUUUUGAAUGUCUAAGGUGAAUUAUUUGUGAUUGUUUUUAUACCGGAUGCCCUUCCUAACCAAUGUAAUACAUGUUCACGUCAAUCGUACGUGUAAAUUUUUGCAUAUUUUACGUCAAUGUUUACAAACCUGUUUCUCUUUCAACUGUUUCUACUCUUGAAAAAAAAAAAAAAAAUUUACAGAUUUGACGUCCGUGUCCGGCGUCGGUCCCUUUUACUCACAAUCACAACUCACCAAAUGCCUGGUAAUACUUGAUAAUUGUAGACUUUUAUUGUGAAGGGUUGACACUUCCUGCUCGAUAAUCUUUUGUUUCGUCGGGUUACCUCUCUGAACCGCCGGUGCCUUUAUGUGAUCUUAAUCCUAAUCUGUUCAAACCGGUGAAGUUUGUAAUGGACCUGACCAGUGUCUUGUGAUUAAAUCGCUUUGAAA